UUUUUUUUUUUAUUUAUUUUUUUAAAUUAUUUCUUAUUGACUGCUUUUUUAUUUGGAUAGAGACAUGUGCAGGUGAGACGCAUUCAUGCAUCUGCGCUCAACUCAAUGCACAAGAUCAUUUCAUUGUCACAAAAGAGCGAUAGUCUUCUCUUCCGCCUGUUAAACGCACUCCCCACAGAACCACAACAACAGCAAGCAUUCGGCACCCUUUUAUCCAACCAUUUUGAAGCGUAUAUCGAAUGCGUGCAUCAAUUACAACCUUUAAUUGAUACACAUAACCUAGCAACCUUUCGAGACAUGUACAACCUGAACGAAACCAUCCCGUCACUCUUACUCGAGUUCGAUUCGCACCAGUAUGGAGUGGAAGAUAUCCAUCUCAUCUAUUCAGUCAUUUGUUGGAAACGAAGAGAAUACUUGUUAUAUCUGUUGUCGUUGGAUGUCAUGUCGAAUCAUAACCGCACACAUUACGGAAAGACCUGGAGACAGGCGAUUCAGGUCAAUCAUGGGUUAGUGCAUGCGUACUUGCAGUUCAAUGAGAAGCUAGAGUCCAUGGCGUCCCUUGUUGAUGCACGUGUACAGAAAGAGGAGGUGUUGUCCGUGCAAACCUCUCCUUCUUCCAUGACAGCAGCAACAGCAGGAGCAGGAGCAGAAGGGUUGUUAUCUUCUUCCUCUCAUCAUUCCGACAGUCGAUCCAUUACCUUGAUGCAUCGCGUGUCUGCUCUUGAAAAACAUGUGGAAGAUAUUCAAGCAAAACUAUUCCUCUGUAAACAAGACACCAAAUCACUUUCCUCCGGUCGAGUGUCGUGGCUAGGACUGGAGAGAAUGAAUAAACGGUUUAGCCAGAUAGAUGAACAUAUGCAGAUCAUGAUUGGGCAGUGGGAAGAGAGUAAACAUGCGCUGGAAGAGAUGCUGGAAGACCAACAAACGAAACUGGACACGAUCGCAUCACUGCCUUCACCUCCUUCUUCGCCACGUGGGUUACCUACAUUGGAAGAUAAACGAACAUAUCAACCCUUUACAGUGAAACGAAUGCAUUCAUUCAACAAUAGUAAAUACAAGACACGCACAGAGACUAUUUAAUAUAUCGGAUAAAACAUGAAUUAUAAAUACAAAUAAAACAAUAAAAUCUUUCCGAAAUCCUAUAUUUAUAAAAAGUGAUGGAGGAGAGAAAAGGGGAGAUAAAGAAAGAGAGUAAAAAAAAAAAAGAGGAAUGAAAAAGA